AAACCCUGCAUUUGAUUUAAACCUAGUUCCUGAGCCUAACUUUUCUAAAUUUGAUGUUUCAAUUUUAAAAUUUAAAUUUUAAGUUAUGGCGACGACGGGACGUCAUCUCUCACGAUCUCUUGUGUACGUGCUAAAGCAGUCCAGAUGGAACCGAAUGCUUUUGAAGUCCCACACAAAUUUGCACCCCGUAUCCGUUUACUCAGGUCAACCUCGAGUGUUUAGCAGCAAAUCCAAUGCAGACGAUGGUUGUGGUUACAGAAAGAAGGGCAAGAAGUCAAAUUGCACAUCUUAUAAGAAAAAUCCCUGUAUCGAAGGUGAUCAGCCGCCGGAAAUGGAAACUCCCGAGCCGGUUAACAACCAGCUGAGGAUGCAAAAGAGAAGAAAAUUCAUGGAGGAAAAGAUGUGUAAAGAUUUGUCGGAAGAUUUGGAUUCCAAGUGCGAAGGUGACCCAUGUUCAUCUAACUCAAAACCAGUUUUGAUCAAGGGAAGGCAUAAAGUCCGAAUCUCUAUGAGCUGGGACCAAGUCAACGGCUGUUUGCUGUAUCUUUCGAAGCUAAAAGAAUCUGGAACGGGCAUUCCUCCCGGUCCCACAUACCUUAAUCACCAUCGAUCGUUUUGCAAAAAGGUCGAUGAGAAUAAAUGUCAGAUCAAAAAGGACGAGGAGGAUGACUGCGUUUUUGAGCCUCUGCCAAAGCCGGUUCCUCCUAAAUGUACAAGGAUAUCCAGGAAGCGAAAACAUUUACUCGAACUGAAGAAAAGGGCGGCCGAAGCUGAAGCUGUUGGGAAACCGGAAGCGGAAUCCUCUGUAAAAAACCUCGACGAAUCUGUUGAGGCAUUAAAGCACAGCUGCAUGCUAGCAUCCCAGAAGAAGGAUUGUGAGCAAAAGCAGUUCAAGGCCCUUUGCGAAGAAUUGCGAUCUUCAGAAUCGCAAGAUGACCCCAAAUCGGUAGAUAGCCUGGUUAAGUGCAUGCUAGCUGGAAUAAGAAAAGCCUGUGCCGUUCAUGCCCAGAAGAUGGUCUGCCAGCAAAAGUACGCCAAGGAAAUUGCCGCUGCAGAAGCUGCAAAGAAGGAAAAGGAGAAACGGGAGGGAAAGCCAAUAGAUUGUGAAAAAGUCGAAGAGGAGGAGGUCGAAGUCCAAAAUGGCCGGAUGAGUAUGGCCGAAAAGAAAAAGGCCCAAGAAGAAGUCGAGCUCAAGCGAAUACUUGCAGAAAUUAAAGCCAAGUGCAAAAAGCGGCGCGAAGAAGCCGAACUUGAAAAGAAACGUGAAGAGGAAGAAAGAAUGAAGAAAUGCGAAGAAGCCGAGCGAAAAAAGUGCGAAGAAGCUGAGCGUAAAAAGAAAUGCGAGGAAGAAGCGGCCAAAAAGAAAUGUGAGGAAGCUGCGGCCAAGAAGAAAUGUGAAGAAGCUGCGGCCAAAAAGAAAUGUGAAGAAGCUGCGGCCAAGAAGAAAUGUGAAGAAGCUGCGGCCAAGAAGAAAUGUGAAGAAGCUGCGGCCAAAAAGAAAUGUGAAGAAGCUGCGGCCAAGAAGAAAUGUGAAGAAUCUGCGGCCAAAAAGAAAUGUGAAGAAGCUGCGGCCAAGAAGAAAUGUGAAGAAGCUGCGGCCAAAAAGAAAUGUGAAGAAGCUGCGGCCAAGAAGAAAUGUGAAGAAGCUGCGGCCAAAAAGAAAUGUGAGGAAGCUGCGGCCAAGAAGAAAUGUGAAGAAGCUGCGGCCAAAAAGAAAUGUGAAGAAGCUGCGGCCAAGAAGAAAUGUGAUGAAGCUGCGGCCAAGAAGAAAUGUGAAGAAGCUGCGGCCAAAAAGAAAUGUGAAGAAGCUGCGGCCAAGAAGAAAUGUGAGGAAGCUGCGGCCAAAAAGAAAUGUGAAGCUGCGGCCAAGAAGAAAUGUGAAGAAGCUGCGGCCAAGAAGAAAUGUGAAGAAGCUGCGGCCAAGAAGAAAUGUGAAGAAGCUGCGGCCAAAAAGAAAUGUGAAGAAGCUGCGGCCAAGAAGAAAUGUGAAGAAGCUGCGGCCAAAAAGAAAUGUGAAGAAGCUGCGGCCAAGAAGAAAUGUGAAGAAGCUGCGGCCAAAAAGAAAUGUGAAGAAGCUGCGGCCAAGAAGAAAUGUGAGGAAGCUGCGGCCAAAAAGAAAUGUGAAGCUGCAGCCACGAAGAAAUGUGAAGAAGCUGCGGCCAAGAAGAAAUGUGAAGAAGCUGCGGCCAAAAAGAAAUGUGAAGAAGCUGCGGCCAAGAAGAAAUGUGAAGAAGCUGCGGCCAAGAAGAAAUGUGAGGAAGCAGCGGUCAAGAAGAAAUGUGAAGAAGCUGCCAAGAAGAAAUGUGAAGAAGCUGCGGCAAAACAAAAAUGCGAAGAAGCAGCGGCAAAGAAGAAAUGUGAAGAAGCAGCAGCGAAAAAGAAAUGUGAAGAAACGGCCAAAAUGAAAUGUGAUGUAGCUGCCGCACAAAAGAAAAAGUGUGAAGAACCCGACCAGAAGAAGAAAUGAGAAGCCGAGAAGUAACAAAAAUGUGAAGGGGCAGAGAUAAAGAAAAAAUGUGAGGAAGCUGAAACAAAAAACAAAAAAAAGUCAGGAAGCCAAAAAAAAGAAAAAAUGUAAUGAAGCCGAAAAAAACACAAAAUGUGAAAUGGCCGAGUUUAAGCAAAAAUGUGAUGAUCUGAAAAAAAAGCUUUAGGGCACAAACUGCGAUGCAAAGGAGUACAAAAAAGUAAAUUAGGGGUUCCCCAAAAGUUAAAGAGCACGGAGAAGUGAGAGAUGGUGUCCCAGGAUGAAGGCAUGCUACCGGCUGAGUUCUUACUGUAAUUUUUGUUUAACAAGAUUAAAUAAAAUUGCAUAUUGAAAUCUGAGAGAAAAGUGCAGAAACUCUGAAACAGAAACUUGGCAAGAACGCGCCCGAAUCCAUACCAAAAUAAAGUCAAAAACUUAAUGUUUGCUGAUUAA